UGCCGGGCCGCGCUGCCCGCAGCUGGCGCGCCCGAGCCGCGGGCCCGGGGCACGGCGGGGCAGCGCCCGGAGCGCGGCGCCGCGGGCUGCACCCACCCACGGGCGCUCCCAUGAAGCGACGCUGUGAAAGCCACGCUCCCAACUAGAAAGAUGCAAAACCGUAAUAUCCGUGAAGAUCCUAUUACCUAGGAAGAAUUUGACGUUUUGCUGCGAACGCUGUGUUGGGAUUGAUUUAUUCUUGGAGUGCUCUGCACGGCUGGCAAAGAAUAAUGUUCCAAAAUCGGUCCAUCUCCCAAGGGGUCCAAUUUUUCUUCCUGGGUGUCAGCGAGCCCUGACUCACUACAGUGCAGCUGACAGGGGCUGCCAUGCUUGUGGCACACUAAGCAAAAAACAAAAGACCUAAGGACGACCUUUGAACAACACAAAGGAUGGGUUUCAAUGUAAUUAGGCUACUGAGCGGAUCAGCUGUAGCUCUGGUAAUAGCCCCUACUGUAUUACUGACAAUGCUUUCUUCUGCUGAACGAGGAUGCCCUAAGGGCUGUAGGUGUGAAGGCAAAAUGGUAUAUUGUGAAUCUCAGAAAUUGCAGGAGAUUCCCUCAAGUAUAUCUGCUGGUUGUUUAGGUUUGUCCCUUCGAUAUAACAGCCUCCAAAAACUAAAAUACAAUCAAUUUAAAGGUCUUAAUCAACUCACCUGGCUCUAUUUAGACCAUAACCACAUCAGCAAUAUUGACGAAAAUGCUUUCAGUGGAAUACGCAGACUAAAAGAGUUGAUCUUGAGUUCCAACAGAAUCUCCUAUUUUCUUAAUAAUACCUUCAGACCUGUGACAAAUCUCCGGAAUUUGGAUCUGUCAUACAAUCAGCUGCAGUCUCUGGGAUCUGAGCAGUUCAGGGGCUUAAGGAAGCUGCUGAGUUUACAUUUGCGGUCCAAUUCCCUAAGAACCAUUCCUGUUCGAAUAUUUCAAGAUUGCAGGAACCUCGAACUGUUGGACCUGGGUUAUAAUCGCAUCCGGAGUUUAGCAAGGAAUGUCUUUGCAGGUAUGAUCAGACUGAAAGAGCUUCAUCUGGAGCACAAUCAAUUUUCUAAGCUCAACCUGGCACUUUUUCCAAGGCUAGUCAGCCUUCAAAACCUUUAUUUACAGUGGAAUAAAAUCAGUGUGAUAGGACAAACUAUGUCUUGGACCUGGAGCUCAUUACAAAGACUCGAUUUAUCUGGCAAUGAAAUAGAAGCUUUCAGUGGACCUAGUGUUUUUCAGUGUGUGCCCAAUUUACAGCGCCUCAACCUGGAUUCAAACAAGCUCACAUUUAUUGGUCAAGAAAUUUUGGAUUCUUGGAUAUCUCUCAAUGACAUCAGCCUUGCCGGGAAUAUAUGGGAAUGCAGCAGAAACAUUUGCUCUCUGGUAAACUGGCUUAAAAGUUUUAAAGGGCUGAGGGAAAAUACAAUUAUUUGCGCCAGCCCCAAAGAGCUGCAAGGGGUGAACGUUAUUGAUGCAGUGAAAAACUACAGCAUCUGUGGCAAGAGUACCACGGAAAGGUUCGAACUGGCACGAGCUCUCCCAAAGCCAACGUUUAAACCAAAACUCACCAGGCCUAAACACGACAGCAAGCCCCCCGUGCCCCCGACGGUGGGAGCCACGGAAGGCAGCUCUGAGCCCGAGCACGACGCAGAGCACAUCUCCUUCCACAAAAUCAUCGCCGGCAGCGUGGCUCUCUUCCUGUCGGUGCUGGUGAUCCUGCUGGUGAUCUAUGUGUCAUGGAAGCGCUACCCUGCCAGCAUGAAGCAGCUGCAGCAGCGCUCGCUCAUGCGAAGGCACAGGAAAAAGAAAAGACAGUCGCUGAAGCAAAUGACUCCAAGCACACAGGAAUUUUAUGUAGAUUACAAACCCACCAACACUGAGACCAGUGAGAUGCUGCUGAAUGGAACGGGACCCUGCACGUACAACAAAUCAGGCUCCAGGGAAUGCGAGAUCCCACUGUCCAUGAACAUGUCAACGUUCCUGGCCUACGAGCAGCCCACGCUGAGCUACUGCGGGGUGCACCACGAGCUGCUGGCCCACAAGCCCUACGAGGGCAGCAGGCAGGAGGAGCCCAUGGACACGGGGCUGGAGGCGGAGCUGGACCUGAGCACCAUCACCACAGCAGCACGGAGCCGGGAGCAGGGCCAGCAGCUGCCCUAGGAAUCCUGGAGCCCCUAGGGAACCCUGGAGCCGGGAGCAGGGCCAGCAGCUGCCCUAGGAAUCCUGGAGCAGGGAACAGGGACAGCAGCUGCCCUAGGGAAUCCUGGAGCAGGGAACAGGACAGCAGCUGCCCUAGGGAAUCCUGGAGCCAGGAGCAGGGGCAGCAGCUGCCCUAGGGAACCCUGGAGCCGGGAGCAGGGCCAGCAGCUGCCCUAGGGAACCCUGGAGCAGGGAACAGGACAGCAGGUGCCCUAGGGAAUCCUGGAGCCCCUAGGGAACCCUGGAGCCCCUAGGGAACCCUGGAGCAGGGAACAGGGGCAGCAGCUGCCCUAGGGAAUCCUGGAGCAGGGAGUGGGGAGAAUGGACAGCAGCUGCCCUAGGGAAUCCUGGAGCAGGGAGAAUGGACAGCAGCUGCCCUAGGGAAUCCUGGAGCAGGGAGCAGGGGCAGCAGCUGCCCUAGGAACCCUGGAGCCCCUAGGGAAUCCUGGAGCAGGGAACAGGGCAGCAGCUGCCCUAGGAAUCCUGGAGCAGGGAACAGGGGCAGCAGCUGUCCUAGGGAAUCCUGGAGCAGGGAACAGGGGCAGCAGCUGCCCUAGGAAUCCUGGAGCAGGGAACAGGGACAGCAGCUGCCCUAGGGAAUCCUGGAGCCGGGAGCAGGGACAACAGCUGCCCUAGGGAAUCCUGGAGCAGGGAACAGGACAGCAGCUGCCCUAGGGAAUCCUGGAGCAGGGAACAGGGGCAGCAGCUGCCCUAGGGAAUCCUGGAGCAGGGAGAAUGGACAGCAGCUGCCCUAGGGAACCCUGGAGCCCCUAGGGAACCCUGGAGCAGGGAACAGGGCCAGCAGCUACCCUAGGAAUCCUGGAGCAGGGAACAGGGACAGCAGCUGCCCUGGAGCAGGGAGUGGGGAGAAUGGACAGCAGCUGCCCUAGGGAACCCUGGAGCCGGGAGCAGGGGCAGCAGCUGUCCUAGGGAAUCCUGGAGCAGGGAACAGGACAGCAGCUGCCCUAGGGAAUCCUGGAGCAGGGAACAGGGACAGCAGCUGCCCUAGGAAUCCUGGAGCAGGGAACAGGGACAGCAGUUGCCCUAGGAACCCUGGAGCCGGGAGCAUGGGCAGCAGCUGCCCUAGGAAUCCUGGAGCAGGGAGCAGGGGCAGCAGCUGCCCUAGGAAUCCUGGAGCAGGGAACAGGGACAGCAGCUGCCCUAGGGAACCCUGGAGCCCCUAGGGAAUCCUGGAGCAGGGGCAGCAGCUGCCCUAGGGAACCCUGGAGCAGGGAACAGGGACAGCAGCUGCCCUAGGAAUCCUGGAGCAGGGAACAGGGACAGCAGCUGCCCUAGGAAUCCUGGAGCAGGGAGCAGGGGCAGCAGCUGCCCUAGGAAUCCUGGAGCAGGGAACAGGGACAGCAGCUGCCCUAGGAAUCCUGGAGCAGGGAGCAGGGGCAGCAGCUGCCCUAGGGAAUCCUGGAGCCCCUAGGGAAUCCUGGAGCAGGGAGAAUGGACAGCAGCUGCCCUAGGGAACCCUGGAGCCCCUAGGGAACCCUGGAGCAGGGAACAGGACAGCAGCUGCCCUAGGGAAUCCUGGAGCCGGGAGCAGGGGCAGCAGCUGCCCUAGGGAAUCCUGGAGCAGGGGCAGCAGCUGCCCUAGGAAUCCUGGAGCAGGGAGUGGGGAGAAUGGACAGCAGCUGCCCUAGGAAUCCUGGAGCCCCUAGGGAACCCUGGAGCAGGGGCAGCAGCUGCCCUAGGAAUCCUGGAGCAGGGAACAGGGGCAGCAGCUGCCCUAGGGAACCCUGGAGCAGGGGCUGCAUCCAAACCCUGGGGGAAGCUAUGGACACCAGUGAGCAGGCAGUUCUGUGGAGUGUAGGAUCCCUGUGCAAAUUAAAAGUCAAUCACAAAGAUUAAUUGUUUCCAGUCUACAAUUUGUAAUUAGUUCAGUUGUGCAGUAUUUUUUUGACUUCAGAGUAUGACCCUCGAAAGUGAAUCUUUUUCAAAACUCAUCCUACCUACCUGUAUAAACUGUACAGAUGUAAUGUAUUUUUCAUAUUGUAAAGUUUCAAUUACCAAGAACAACUGGUAUGUACAGUGCCAUAAUUUAAUUACAUCUUACUUUACAAGCUUCAGUUUCUAAAGCUUCAAAUUAACAAAAGUUAUUCCUUGUGUUAUUAAGUUACUCUGUUUUGUAGGGAUCAUUUUGUUACUGCUUUUGUGCCCAGACAACUUGAAUCUAAAAUUCUGUCCUUUGCAGAAUAUGCACCAUUUUUACUGUGUUUAAUGUGUAGAAUUUUAUCUACUGGUUCCAGAGGGAGGGUUUAACUAUUCAAACUUCUAAGAAAAUCCUGAAAUAUAUAUAUAUUUCCUAGAAAUGAAAACUAAAAAAAAAUUAAUUCUUCUCAAGCUUACCUAUUGCCUUGAAAUACAGCCUGGUUUUUAACAACAGUUGAGUUGUUAGUUGGUUAUGCAACUGGUAGUCAAGGCUGAUGAUAUUUUAUUAGGUCUCACUGUUCUGCAAGGACAGGAGACUUCAACAGGCAGCUACAAAAUCUGCUGUGAGAGCCUGCCAAACCAGGCAUUUGUAUUUCUGCUUAAAGACAAAGGGGUCCAAAACCUACUUCUGUCACAGGCAGCUGCUGACAGAAGUGGCAACAGAAACAAAUCCUUCUACUACUCCUAGAAUGUAAAAUGUCACUCAAAAGAAACAUCCACUUGCUGAAAAAUCUAGUCAUUUGGAAAAAAAUGCUAAAAGUUUACAGUCCUUUAACAUUAGGAUAAAGCAAACAAAGAAAAAGCCCAAAACUUCUAAAAACAAAAAUAUAAUGUAGUAGUAUUAAGUCUUUAACAAUUACUACAUUGCUUAUUUGUCUGUCAUUUAAUAUCUGGAUUGAAGCAUUCUUAUACCCCAUUCUUUUGUUUUAGAUCUUCAAGACUUCUCAACACUGUAUGAGAGUAACUUUUUAUACCACUACACACUACCCUGUAAUCAUAAAAGAUUACAGAAAUUAGGAAGACAUUAUAUCAUGCUGACUCUGUGAAAAACAAAAUGGGAACACAAGCCUUCCAAAAUAUAGGAAAAAAAGUUUCAUAUGGUGAAGCAACUUUUUUAUAAUAAAGAGAAAUUAUAUAACCUCAAA